AUGUCUACGGUAGGAUCAUCACCAGAGAAUCCUGUAAGUGGAGAAAACCUUGGGCAGCAAGAAUCUCUAGACAAUGAAUCUCAUGCAAAGGAGAAUAACCGUACUUCCGAUGCUUCUGAUAUAGCAAAAGAGAGUUUGGAAGGACAAGAUGAAGAAAAAGAGCAGAUCAAUGACCAGAAUCCCGAGGAUCGUAUUUUUGAUGAGACGAAAGAGAUCGCAGAGUCUGACAACGAAUCGAACGACAGCACAAGCUCAGACUCAGACUCAGACUCAGAAUCGGGGUCAGAUAGCGAGUCGACUUCUGAUUCUAGCUCAGACUCGAGCUCAGAUUCCGAGUCUGAGGAAGAAGGUGAAGUUGAGGUUUCCGACAAUGAGAGCGACGUAUCUGCGGAGCCCAUCAAAUCCAAGAACGAACAAGAGGAGGAAGGACUUGAAUUACCCGAAGACUUUUCCAUUCCUCCCGAUGCACCUAUUGAGUACAUCGGUAAUAUUACAGCUCUUGUUGAAAGAAGCAUUGUGAUAAAGGCAAGCGUUUCAGGGGAGAUACGCGUCUUGAAAGAUGGGUCAAUUCUCUGCUUAGAAGAUAGAACGUUGGUCGGCCCGCUAUUCGAGACAUUUGGCAGGAUACAAUCUCCUUCGUAUCGUGUUAAAUUCAAGACGGAAGAUAAGUUUGAAGCAUUCAAGGACAAAAAAGGCGCAAAAGUUUUCUACGUUGUUCCUGAGUCCGAGUUUGUGCUUACGUCUCAAAUAAAAACAAUAAAGGGAAGCGAUGCUAGUAAUUGGAAUGACGAGGAAAUCCCUGAGGAAGAGCAGGAAUUUUCUGAUGACGAGAAAGAAGCAGCGAUGAAAGCUCUUAGGAAACGCAAGAAGAACCAAAAGAAAGAUGAGACAACAAAAAGGCCACUUCCGAAUCAUAUGAGGUCGCAACUGACCUCUCUUCCAAAGAAGGGAGCUUCACAGGCAGGAACUCCCUCUCAAGCUACACAAUCCCCGAAACAAGAAACUUCUGCGCAAUCCUCGGCUGCUACCAAGUCCGCCCAGAUUAUCCAACCAGCACAAAUGUCUCAACCGUUGCAAUCGGUGCAGCCCAUUAUUCCAGUUCAGCCUCAGCCGCAACUGUAUCAGCCUAUGAAUUUCGUGAAUCCAGUCCAACAACAAUACUAUCCUCAGCAACUAUCAUAUCCUUCCACUACAGGGUAUUACCAGCAACAUGCUCAAUAUCAAUGGUAUCCCCAGUACCAGCAAUAUCCAAAUUAUCAGUUUUCUUACCAACAGACCCAGAAUGCGCAGCCUCAAGUUGAUCCGAAUGUUUUUCAACAAGUCAGCCAGUUCAUCCAACUUGCUCAAACUCAAACCCAAUCUCAGCAACAACCGCAGGCUCAAAACUUUAAUUCACAGGACAAGACUCCAAAAUCCUUCUCUGACGACGAAUAUGACCCUGAAAAUGUAUAA